AUGGCAGUGACAGAGCCCACGAUGAACGGAAAUCAGUCAUAUCCUUGGGUGAAACUCCCCCAUCCCUACCUCACUACCUACAAGAUUCACAUUGUUUCCGAUUCCACACCGCACGAGCUUCAACUCCAAUUGCAUGGCUCCCCGGCGGGCCAAGCUCUUCCGGAGCCUCUACAUAGUACCGCAUUGACCUACACCGAGCUUUCCUUCAACGAAUCCGCCCAAGACAUCCCCGCGGGAGAUAACAGUCCCUGGGCUCGAAGCCAGAGGGCGCCGGGGACCUCUUUUCGCUGGGCAAAUCUGGAACCUCCUACGCUGGGACAGAUCUGGAACGUCAUUCACGCCAUCUUCCUUACCCAUCCGAAGCACGAGACCGUGCGCCUGGAUCUAAUCGGACCCGGGAACGAGGUGGUGCGCGAGGAAUGCCUUCGCACCGGGCUGGCCGUUCCGUUCCCCGCCGCGCGCAUCCCCUUCGGCACAGAAAACAGCGACUCUGGCUUAGACACGAUCAUCCUCUUGCGGUCGGCAUUCUGGCAGGGAGCCGGGUCUCCGCUGGGCCCGCGGCCGAUAUGGGCCGUGGACCAGGGAAUUCACGGCCUGCUGCGCCGUUCGGCCAGCCAGUAUCCGGCGCUGGCUCAGAACUACGAGUUUUCCAUGAAGUUUCCCAGCGAGCGCAUCUACUCUAGACAUCCCGUCCGCCCGCAGAAGCCCAGCCCGGGCUCUCUCGUCUACAGUCGCUACAUCCCACACAUCGACCAGCACUUCUCGCUGAUGGUGGUGGAUUGGCGGAAUGAGGAGCACUUGCGGCUUUUCAACAAAUGGCAAAACGACCCGCGAGUGGCCAAGGGCUGGAACGAGACAGGCACCCUGGAUGAGCACCGCGAGUACCUGCGGCGACUUCACCAGGAUAAACAUGUCCUGUGUCUAUUUGGCCGGUUCGACGAUUCGCCGUUCUCAUACUUCGAGGUGUAUUGGGCCAAGGAGGAUCACUACGGAGCACAUUACGACGCCGGCGACUACGAUCGAGGCCGACAUUCCCUUGUGGGAGAGCACAACGUUCGGGGCGCAUACCGGGUGAACGCCUGGUGGGCCAGCGUGAUCCAUUACAUUUUCCUUGACGAGCCGCGCACGAUGUGUGUCGUGGGAGAGCCCAAGGCCACGAACUCCACUGUUCUGUCCUACGAGAAUGCCCACGGGCUCACGAUCCAAAAAUACGUCGACCUGGGCCACAAGCGGUCGGUUCAUGUUUACUGCAGUCGGGAGAAAUGGUUUCAACUGUGUCCGCUCUUCUGGGACGGACGAGACCGGCCUCUGGAGAGCUCGGAUCGCACGGCGUGGGACGCGAGGCUUUAG